AUGAAUCGAGAGAACUUUGCAAGUGUCACAGAUGCCUACGGUCUAGACGAGCUCGACUACAAUGAAUAUCUGGACAAUCCUGACGUUGGGCUUUCUUAUUCAGCGAGUGCCGGUGCAGGUCUCGAGGACAUAGACAUUCUCAUGGAAGAAAUCGAAGAGGCUUUGUCUUCCCCAUUCUCUCCAGAGGGUGUUCGAUCCCGGAAUGCUCAGUACACCAUUCCGAGAUUUACACGCAACCCUGGUCCCCAGACUCUAUUAGACUAUGAUGACAUCUCUGAAUACGAUGAUGUGGAGCUGUAUCAAGCAUUCGAACCUCAGUUCCAGCCAGAUGUGCAUUUCACUGGCUCGUCGAGCUACGGACCUCCGACGCUUAGCCAGUGCCCAUUUGCAACACACUCAGAUAAGAGUGUUCCAGCAUAG